AUGUCUCCAGUAUUAAUUAAUUUGAACUCCCAGGAGAGGGUGGACCGACUCGGGCGCUCCUAUCUCCGAUGGCUUCGGUCACCUCGGUUUGAGAAUCUGAAUAAGGACGUUAUGUCGGGCACAUCUGCUCCAAUUUUGGAUACCCCGGUUUCUGAAACCACUACCAUCCAUAUAAAUCAAUUAGAGAAGGCGUUGAAACAGCUUAAGCUGUAUACAGAUAACCAGGAAGGCCCACACAAAGAAUUCUUAGAUACAUAUCCGAAGCUAAAACAAGCUGCGGUUCUUGCGUUGCUUUUGGAACUUCCGCAUGGCGAAAAUGGAACCCAUGGAGGGCAGACAUCGCUCCCAGGUGGGAAGAGAGACGUGAACGAUGUCGAUAUCAUCCACACAGCUUAUCGAGAGGCGCAUGAAGAGAUCGGACUGCCUCUCCCUGGACACCUCUCCCAUAUCUGCACAGCAUGUUGGCGAUGCUCAGGUCGUGACUCUCCUGACAACUCGUCGGUAAACGCCAAAAGCACCCCUGGCGCACUGCCACAGUCUAUAAGAACGCUCGGAACUCUGCCUCCCCUUCCCUUCCACAGUCUUUUAGUCACGCCUGUCAUUGCGUAUGCCUCGCGCCCCGAUCUUUUGCUGCCGAUACUCAAGCCAAAUCCAGGAGAGGUCAACCGGAUCUUCCUGCACCCACUAGAAAACAUUCUAGACCCCAAGCCAACGACGCCCAUUUCAGAGGUUGGGCUCGGAAUGAAUGCUCGUUGGGCGGAUAUUCAGUUUGGUGAGGUUAUGCCUCCUUCGGAGUUGGUUCUGCAUGGAAGCGAGUAUUGGCCAUACGAGAUGACGUAUCAUAUUCAUAAAGACUACGUCUUCAACUCUCCUCCCGGACUUGUAUGGAGAGAUCACCAUUUCCAAACGUGCGCCUCCCCAAUUACAGGGAUGACGGCAGAUGUAUUGAUUUCGACCGCCCGACUUGCAUACGAGAAGGAUCCGGUCUUUGAACGAUAUGCAGAUGGCCAGAUCCGAGAUCCGACAGAGUUAAGCGUUUUGUUGUUGAAAACUGCAUCAGACUCUGGUUGGAAGAAGAAAGAUAAUUGA